AUGGCAACCGCUCCUGCCGCGUCGUCUAGCGCCCGAGCCCGCGUUUCAUCGCCCACAGCGUCCUGUCCAUGCGCACGAGCACCAGCAAACGCGCCUCUACCUGCUGCUACUACUGCUACUGCUGCUUUUGGUGUAACAAGCAGCUCAUUGCUACGGCAAGAGAGCAAGCCGGGGAACACGGAAGAUGACGAGACCAAGACCGGUCGACGUCGUCCUCAGCAGCAGCGCUGUAAUUACUCCGUCAAGAAGAAACGCGAGCUCAUUGCUUUGGCACAAGUCGCAGGCGUGCGAGAAGUGUGUCGCAUGGAGGGCAUUCCCCGUCGCACGCUCCGCCAUUGGCUUGACGACGCCGAGAAGAUCUACAGCUUUGAAGGACCCGAGUCGAGGAAGUCCAUUGGACGCUCGGGCCGUCGUGAGCUGCUGCCAUUUGGACGGGAACUUUCGGCAUUUCUUAUGGAUGGACGGCACGAUGGACGCGAGCUGACGUCAUCGCACAUGAUUGGCUACAUUCGGGAGCACCAUCAACCGUGGCUCGACAAGUACUUGGCCGACAAAAAGAGCCCCGAGAGUGGCCAAGCGGCGCUCACGAGGCUUUGUCAGCGGUUUGUCGAGCGUCAUGGAUUCACACAGACUAGCACUACCAUACGAGGUCGAGAUGCGGGGGUAGAGACAGAGACGGCGAACUUAGGUGUUGAAUUUCGGGUUAAGACGGAGACAGAGGUUGAUGAAGAUUGCAAAGACACAGAAUCAGUCGCGCCGAAAGUCGCGUGUGAUGAGACUGGUGAGGGAGGAAGUGAUGAUGAUGUGGACGACAGCCCGUUGCUGUGUGGACUUGAUAUCGGCACGACCGCCGUCAAGUGUGUGCUAGUUAAGAUUGCUGAUGGCGGUCAAGCUGUUGGUGUUGUUGCUCUUUCCAACGUAUUGCUUAGCGAUGUGGUGCAUGAAUCGACGAAAGUAGACAAAGAAGCUCGAGCAGAACAGCCUGGUGUGCAGAAAGUGGAUCAAGUGCUGCUUGCAGUGCAGCGUGCGGUGAUGCUACUGCCAGCGAUGGCGAGACGGCGAGUCGCGUCGGUUGGCAUAUGUGGUCAAAUGCACGGAAUCGUAUGGUGGUGUAGUCGAUCUGUACAUGAAGCAGCAAAGCGCGUGUUGGCAAAUGAUGACAACAAGCCCCAGCACGAGGGUAACGCUUCUUACGAUUGUGCCUGGAGCGAGCUUAUUACGUGGCAGGAUCAGCGCUGCACGCCUUCGUUCUUGGACAGCUGUCGAGAUAAGAUUGCUCAAACUACUACUGCCGGCGGUGCUUCCGCGUCCAGUCCGAUCGCUGCUGGCUACGGAUUGGCCACAUUCGCACACACGCUUGAGCACUCUCCACGUACUUUGGUUGGCAUGGACGCGUGCGGCACAAUUCACGAUUUUGUGGCUUUUGUACUUUGUGGCCACACGCUUCCAAGCGAAGUCUGUAUGGACACCACUGAUGCUUACAGCUGGGGUGGCUUUGACUUGCACACCCAUAUCUGGGACUCCAGAGUGCUGCGCGCGUUACAAGUUCCGUCAUCGAUGCUACCUGCUGUGAAGAAGCCGGGCACUUGCGUUGGUCGUACCUCUUUAGGACUCAGCAGCUUCGGGUUGCCCGAUAACAAGCCUGUGUUUGUGCCAAUGGGUGACCACCCGUGCUCUGUGCUGGCCGCUUUGGCACACCGCCAGUCCGCUUUGUGCGGCAAAGUGAACCUAACGUUGGUAAAUAUCGGCACAUCGGCUCAAGUGGCUAUAGUGCUGACGGGUGCAGAUAUUGCGAAGAUGUCGUUGUGCUCCGAUGAUAAGUCGACUUCCACCGGUGGUCGCAAGAGCUCAAGUUUUGAAGUGCGGCCAUUUCUACUUGAGGAUCGCUACGUGGGCGUGGCAGCCUCGCUUUCCGGCGGCAACACAUUUGCAUGGCUGGUGCGGCAAUGGCAGCAGUGGGCGAGAGAGAUGGGUCUUGCCUCAGUAUGCAGUGACAACACUGUAGCGCAAGCGUCCCAGUCUGACGCCGAGAUCUAUGCCCGACUGAUUGAGCUGGGAUUUCAGCGAAAAGACACUGAGUUGACAUUCGUGCCGACGCUAAACGGCGAGCGCGCGAACCCUAUGGCCACUGGCAGCAUCUUGAAUCUUCAGAUGAACAACUGGAGCAUGGGCGACAUUAGCGCCGCGUUGGCUCGCGGGCUGGUGGACAACCUCUUUGCCAUGAUUCCCAAGGAGCUCCAGUCUCUCGUGUCCGCGCAGCCGAUGCUUGGUACGGGCAACGCACUUGUGCGCAACGAACUGCUGCAGCACUUCCUCCAGCGGCACUUGGCGGAGCCGUCGCAUCUACAGCUGCAGACAGCCACCGAUGCUGCGGUGGGCGCGGCGCUGGCCCCGGUGCUCGUAUCAGAGUCAUCAGUCAUGCUUGACGCGUUGCGCGACCUGGAAAUGAAUCGUGUCGAGGUGGUCUUCACACAAAGUACUACGCCUCAUCGAGGUGAUCCGACGAACAGCUGA